ACCAUGUGAGGUAUGUGCAAGUAUGAGGGUGUCUAUAAAGGCUCCACUGGACUUCCCAACACCUCACUCUCACAUGGCUGCUUGUUGAGACCACAUACACUCACCUAGAAAGAAACUGCAACACUUUUGAGUGCUCCCUUUUUGAUUUAUUUUUGAUUUUUUGUCUUGUCUGUAGAUGAGCAUGGAAGUGGACCUUCAUGGACUAUUUGAGAAUUUCUCGUAUAACUACAAGGACUACGUGUAUAUAGAGGACCCUGAGGACCCCGAGUCAGGAGGCGGUACAGCAGUUUUCAUUUCUGUUCUGUACUCUUUGGCGGUGGCUGUAGGUCUGUUUGGGAAUGGGCUCCUCCUGGUCAUUCUGUUUCUGAAGAGGCGAUCCUGGAGUGUGUCAGACACCUUAAUCCUUCACCUGAGUGUCUCAGAUGUCCUCCUGUUGCUGACACUUCCUUUCUGGGCUGCACAGGCCGCUCUGCUCGAUGGAUGGUGCUUUGGGGGUUUUCUCUGCAAGUUGAGCGGAGCACUUUUUAAUGUAAGUACCAGAUAGAUAGAUAGAUAGAUAGAUAGAUAGAUAGAUGCAGCACCUUUGAAACACAUUCUACAAAUUCUGUAACAAUAUUUACACUAAAUAAAGGAUGAAUAAAAACAGUCUAUAAACAUGACCAUAAGGCAGUAGUGCAGCGUUACAAAGGCGAGGUAAACAGUUCAAAUGGGAAAAAAAAUGCAGACAGAACACAGAACCAGACUUGGAUUAGAAAGUAAAAGGAAGAGCUUCUCAGUGAAGCUGUGAGAUAACUAUCUGGGUGGACUCUUUUUGGCUUCAGACCUUAAAUUCCUGUUUAAUCAGGAUUCUUGGCAGGCAAGAGUUGUCGUACUAAACGCUGUUAUUGAGCAACAUAUUUUCCGGGAAGAGAGCGAUGGGAGAGGACUAAAGCAGAGGAAAAGUGAAAGUGAUGAAAAAUUGUUGGAAUUCUUUAGACCACAACUUGAGUUUUUCUCCCUCUCUUUUUUGUAGAUCAACUUCUACUGCGGGAUCUUUCUGCUGAGUUGCGCCUGUCUGGAUCGCUACCUGUCCAUUAUUCAUGGGAUCCAGUCAUACUUCCAGGAAAAGCCCAAGUUAGUCCCCCUCACCUGCCUGUUUGUCUGGGUCAUCCCCCUAAUUCUCACAAUCCCUGACUGGGUUUUCAUGGUGGCUGCAAAACACUCAAAGCAAGAGAAAACCCAGUGUGUCCAUAACUACUCUUACUUUGGGACAGAUCAAAAACUGGUUUAUCGUCUGCCCCACCACAUACUGGGCUUCCUGCUGCCCACAGCGAUCCUCUUCAUCUCCUGCUCCUGUAUCCUGCUGCGGCUACAGCGUAGCUCUGAAGUCUUGCGGACCCAAAGAGCCUUCUUCAAGAUCAUCCUGCCCCUGGUGGUGGCCUUUCUUCUCUGCUGGAUGCCAUACAACAUCACACUCAUUGUGGACACCAUCAGAGACAGCUCCAGAGAACUUGGUGUGCUUCAACCUGGACAUGAAUCCCUGGAAACCGCUCUGAUGGCCACAAAAGUUCUUGGCUGCAUUCAUGCCUGCCUCAGGCCUCUUCUCUACUUCGGCCUGUGUGGAAAGUUCAGAAAACGAGCGCUGACCUUGUUGGGAUGUGGGGAAGUUGAACAGGAGGGCUCGCUGUGGGAGUUGGGUGUGGGCAAGGAGGCCCCGCCUGAACAGAAUCACAAUGAGAGAGAAGAGCUGAAACAAAUGAUGACGACGAUGACGGAUCAUCAGGUUCAGUCAGCACAGUGCUGAUAAAUGGACAAAGUCCCCUCCUGUGACUCAGAGGUGAUCACACCGAUGCUCUCCUCCUGAGGGGAAGUCAUGUCAUGGGUUCAGGAGGUGGAGAACUAUAUUUGGUCUUGUGAUGAGAAAUACAUAUUUAUAAGAAGUACUCCCUUCGACAUUGAGGUUCCUGAACUCAGAUUUGAUGUGAACUCGGAUUUCUCAAUCACUAUUGCACAACUGUACUCUGACACUCUAAAUCAUUAGCUAUUCAAUCACUUACAGAUAUAUUUUUUUGUAUUUUAUAUAUUAUAAUUGUUGAAUUUAUGACAUUAUUUUUAUAUCUAAAGACAAAUCUGUUUUUGAGUAAACAGUUUUUAACUCUUCACACAAUCAUUAAGCUCAUUUUAUAAUGUUUUAAAGGGUUCGCCUCUGUGGUGUGUUUUACUUGACUGCUAAUGACAUAUCAGAGCCGUUUCACUUUUCUGUCUCCAGGGUAACUUCAGGCAGAUCAUGUGUAAAAUCCACACAGGGAACAUGUGGAUAUCUGUGAAUGACCUUAGGUAUUUUCAGGGGAUUUCCCCUCCUGCCUUUGUGGGUUUUUUGUGUCAUUGUUACAACAUACCUGUGUGUGUGUGUGUGUGUGGACUGAAUGACUUCAGGAUGACACAAACAGUGGGUGAUAUCAUGAUCAGCUGAGCAGCAAAGAGGAGGAGGAGGAGGAGGGGAAGAAAAGCUCUCUGUUUGUUUACUGCCAGCCAAAGUCGUGUUUGUUCAGUGAGACAGAGGCGGAGCUGUGCCACACAUCGUCUGUGAGGAAAAUAGAUGGAAAAAGAGUGUAAGAGUCAAGAAGGACAGAAAUUUUAAAGAAAGAAAAUCUCUAUCUGCUUGGAGCGGUAAAUCUGUGGUUUCAUCUGCAAGCUGUUUCACAGAUUAUGGCCUGCAGUGAAAUGGGAACAUAUUUCCAAGACACACAUUCUGAGGCCUGAAAUAAAGUGUAUUUUCAUAA